AUGGCGUUCAUACACUGCGGCUCGGAAGAGUGUGUGAAGUCGGAGCUCGAUCUGUUCCAGAUAGCCCCGACACAAACAUGCAUCGAGAAAAGUCUGUAUAUCGAAGUCCCACCCCUAUCAGCCCUUACGGGGUCCGCACCUCUAGAGUUCUACAUAGCCGGCAACGGGGAAGAUUACAUCGAUUUAAACAAUACACUUCUCUACGCGAAAUGCAAAAUUACUCGAGAAGACGGCACGGACCUCCCUGCUGACGCUAGAGUGGCGCUGGUGAACUACCCUAUAGCAUCCAUAUUCAGUCAGUUGGAUGUGACGGUCGGAGAUCGGCUGAUCAGCCAGAGCAAUAAUUGCUACCCCUAUAGGGCGAUGAUUGAAACUCUGCUCAAUUACAGCGGGGAAACCCUAGCCACACAAUUUUCAGCGGGUGGUUUUUAUAAGGAUACGGCUGGCCACCACGAGUCCACCAUCCUGGCAAACCCCGUCAACAAGGGAUUUGCCAAGAGAGCAGAACUAACGGCCGAGAGCAGGGUGAUAGACCUUUUAGGUCAUCUCCACGCGGACCUAUUUUUUCAAGAAAAACUGCUACUAAAUGGGGUGGAUGUGAAAAUCAAACUAACCCGCAGCAGGGACGCCUUCUGCUUGAUGAGCGGCGCGGGAGACGCUGCACGUUUUAAGCUACAGUUGGAUUCGGCCUCUCUCUUUGUGAAAAAAGUGAGGGUCUCCCCGGUUGUCCGACUGGCCCAUGCUGAAGCGCUGAUGACCUCCACAGCAAAAUACCCUGUGGACCGUGUCAGCAUGAAAGUGUUCAGUAUCUCUGCAGGAGCCCGUGUAAGCAACCAAGACAACUUGUUUUUGGGGCAGCUCCCCAAAAUGGUGGUCAUGGCUCUGGUGGACAAUGACGCUUUCAGCGGCAGCUUCGCCAAAAACCCUUUCCACUUUAAAGAUUACAACAUCAACUUUGCGGCCCUAUAUGUGGAUGGUGAGCAGAUCCCCCCAAAACCCUUCCAGCCCGACUUUGCUGCCGGGAACAACGUGAGAGAAUACAUGAGUUUAGUGCAAACGGCUGGGAAGCAUCUUCAGGAUAGGCCGCUCUUGAUAGAUCGUGACGAGUAUCGGAACGGGUACACUCUGUUCGCCUUUGACCUCUCCCCCGAUCAGGAAUGUGCGGACCAUUACUCCCUGAUCAAAACGGGAAACCUGAGAGCCGAAAUACGCUUUGCGGACGCGCUCCCCCAAACUGUGAAUUUGAUCGUGUACGGGGUGUUUGACAACGUCAUCGAGAUCAACCAAAACCGCAACGUGCUCUUUGACUAUAUGUAA